CGGGGGCGGCCUCGGUGGGUCGGGAGGAGGCUGGGUUCGGCCUCGUGGGGUGGAGUGAGGGGUCGAGCCGCGGCGCCCCCAGCCCCAGCCGCCCGCGCGCACCCAGACUCGGGGCAUGCGGGUGACUCAGCUGCGCCCCGGCCACGCGGGGGCGCUCCGCCUCCGCCCGGACUGCGGGGGGGAAGGGCGGGCGGUGGCAGGAACUGGGGGUCGCUCUCGGGGGUCCUAACCCAGCUAUUCGGAGGAGCUUCCGGCCUCCCUCGCCACCCAGAGAACUCGGGCUGGCUCCCCGCACCCCGACUGCCCCAGCUGCCACCCCGCCACACCUGGUGCCCCAGGAAAAUGCCCCUGGGAGAGGGAGCCCAAGGGGAAGUGAGGCUAGGCAGCUUCCCAGAAGUGUUUGCAAACUAGUUUUUGCGCAAAAGCUGUCUGGCACCUGCGUAUUGAAGGGAUGAGGUAGGAGGAGGAGAGGCCCUCUUUCUGUCCAGCUGUCUCACUUGCCUCCCCCCCACCUCCCCAGGUUAGAAAGCCCUUCUUUGGGAGAGGAGCUGCCUCCCAGGGGGCCCUGAGAUUUACACAAAAUCACUGGCCUAGGGAAGGGACUGAGACUCCCCCCUAGGGCCCAUUUUGUUGUCCAACCUUAGGGUUGGCGCAUCUGGGGGUGUAAGCUGUGACCGAUGGAUAUGGGACAUGUGGCUUCAGUAAUCAUUGCUCUCUUGCCAGACUGCCAAGAACUGCUGCCACCAGCUCCACCACCCACCCCCAUGGCCUAUAUCCCUGAAGGGGGUACCCCAGCUGUGGGGGCAGCCCCUGUGGGCUCCCAGUAUUGCGUGUGCAAGGUGGAGCUGUCAGUGAGCGGCCAGAACCUGCUGGACCGCGACGUUACCUCCAAGUCUGACCCCUUCUGCGUCCUCUUCACGGAAAAUGAUGGCAGGUGGACCGAGUACGACCGAACAGAAACGGCCAUCAACAACCUUAGCCCUGCCUUCUCCAAGAAGUUCGUCCUCGACUACCACUUUGAGGAGGUGCAGAAGCUCAAGUUCGCCCUGUUCGAUCAAGACAAGUCCAGCAUGCAGCUUGAUGAGCAUGACUUCCUGGGCCAGUUCUCCUGUAGCCUGGGCACGAUCGUCUCCAGCAAGAAGAUCACUCGGCCUCUGCUGCUGAUGAAUGACAAGCCGGCAGGGAAGGGCCUGAUCACGAUCGCUGCCCAGGAGCUGUCAGAUAACCGGGUCAUCACGCUGAGUCUGGCAGGCAGGAAGCUGGACAAGAAGGACCUCUUUGGGAAGUCAGACCCUUUCCUGGAGUUCUACAAGCCUGGAGACGAUGGCAAGUGGAUGCUGGUACACAGGACAGAGGUGAUCAAGUACACGUUGGACCCUGUGUGGAAGCCCUUCACUGUGCCACUGGUGUCCCUGUGUGAGGGGGACAUGGAGAAGCCCAUCCAGGUCACAUGCUAUGAUUAUGACAACGAUGGGGGCCAUGACUUCAUUGGCGAGUUCCAGACCUCCGUGUCACAGAUGUGCAAGGCUCGAGAUGGCAUCCCGCUGGAGUUCGAGUGCAUCAACCCUAAGAAGCAGAAGAAGAAAAAGAACUACAAAAAUUCAGGUGUCAUCAUCCUGUGCUCCUGCAAGAUACACCGGGACUACUCCUUCCUGGACUACAUCCUGGGCGGCUGCCAGCUCAUGUUCACUGUCGGAAUAGACUUCACAGCUUCCAACGGAAAUCCCCUCGAUCCUUCUUCUUUGCACUACAUCAACCCCAUGGGCACUAAUGAGUAUCUGUCAGCCAUCUGGGCUGUCGGGCAGAUCAUCCAGGACUAUGACAGCGACAAGAUGUUUCCGGCGCUAGGAUUUGGGGCCCAGCUGCCCCCAGACUGGAAGGUCUCCCAUGAGUUUGCCAUCAACUUCAACCCUACCAACCCCUUCUGUUCAGGCGUGGAUGGCAUCGCCCAGGCAUACUCGGCCUGCCUGCCUCACAUUCGCUUCUAUGGGCCCACCAACUUCUCCCCUAUUGUCAACCAUGUGGCACGUUUUGCAGCCCAGGCCACGCAGCAGCAGACGGCCACGCAGUACUUCAUCCUGCUCAUCAUUACGGACGGCGUUAUCAGCGACAUGGAGGAGACACGGCACGCCGUAGUGCAGGCUUCGAAGCUGCCCAUGUCCAUCAUCAUCGUGGGUGUGGGCAAUGCCGACUUCACUGCCAUGGAGUUCCUGGAUGGGGACAGCCAUAGGCUGCGCUCCCACACGGGGGAGGAGGCAGCCCGGGACAUCGUGCAGUUUGUGCCCUUUCGAGAGUUCCGCAAUGCAGCAAAAGAGACUUUGGCCAAAGCCGUGCUGGCGGAGUUGCCCCAGCAAGUUGUGCAGUAUUUCAAGCAUAAAAACCUGCCCCCCACCAACUCGGAGCCCGCCUGAGCACCAGCGCCCACCCAGCCAGCAGCAGCAUGUGGCUGCCGGGCCGCCCGCCCUCCCCCAGGAGCAUGCUGUUGUCCUGCUUCCCUGUGGGUGGCCUUUUUCUAGCCAAUUCACGUUUUCAUUUUUUACAACCGGACUUCCACCCUCAACUUCCCCCAGCACAGCUGGGCCUCUUUUGUUGGAGUCAAACUGAUGACGCUUCCAGAGGCCAAAGCGGCUUCCUUUCCUCCUCCCCCACCCUUAAGUAUUGAAUGUACUUUGUAUCAUUUGAGUGCAGUUAUUAUUGUUAUUAAAAAUAAAAUUUUUACAAUCA